GGCGACGGUUCUGGAGGUAGCGCGCCGGAGGGUUGCUUCGUUGUGGCUCGUCAGGCUCCCGUGGCGGCGGCGGCGUUUGCCUCGGUGUCUCCCGCGCGCACUCCAGCCGCCUCCUAGCGGCGCGGCGCCCUUUCCUACGCCUAAAAUGACGAAUGUGUGAUCUCAGUGGAAUAAAUGGCGUCCAAAGUCACAGAUGCUAUAGUGUGGUAUCAAAAGAAGAUUGGAGCAUAUGAUCAACAAAUAUGGGAAAAAUCUGUUGAACAAAGAGAAAUCAAGGGGUUAAGGAAUAAACCAAAGAAAACAGCACAUGUGAAACCAGAUCUCAUAGAUGUCGAUCUUGUAAGAGGGUCUGCAUUUGCUAAGGCAAAACCUGAAAGUCCAUGGACUUCUCUGACUAGAAAGGGAAUUGUUCGAGUUGUAUUUUUUCCCUUUUUCUUCCGGUGGUGGUUACAAGUAACAUCAAAAGUCAUCUUUUUCUGGCUUCUAGUCCUUUAUCUUCUUCAAGUUGCCGCAAUAGUAUUAUUCUGUUCCGCUUCUAGCCCACAUAGCAUACCUCUGACGGAAGUGAUUGGGCCGAUAUGGCUGAUGCUGCUCCUGGGAACUGUGCACUGCCAGAUUGUUUCAACGAGAACACCCAAACCUCCGCUAAGUACAGGAGGGAAAAGAAGAAGGAAAUUAAGAAAAGCAGCCCAUUUGGAAGUACAUAGGGAAGGAGAUGGUUCUAGUACCACAGAUAACACACAGGAGGGAGCAGUUCAGAGCCACGGUACAAGCACCGCUUACAGCGUUGGCGCUGUCUUCAGAGAUCUCUGGCAUGCUGCUUUCUUUUUAUCAGGAUCAAAGAAAGCAAAGAAUUCAAUUGAUAAAUCAACUGAGACUGACAAUGGCUAUGUAUCCCUUGACGGGAAAAAGACUGUUAAAAGCAGCGAAGAUGGAGUACAAAGCCAUGAACCUCAGUGUGAAACUCUUCGACCAGAAGAGGCAACCUGGAACACAGGAACACUGAGGAACAUUCCCAGCAAAGAUACCCAAAGGACAGUAACAAAUGUCUCUGAUGAAGUCUCCAGUGAAGAAGGUCCAGAAACAGGAUACCCAUUGCGCCGUCAUGCAGACAGGACUUCUGAGAGCAUUCUUCGGAAUAGAAAGUCACACCAUUAUAAGAAACAUUACCCUAAUGAGGAUGCCCCUAAAUCGGGUACUAGUUGCAGCUCUCGCUGUUCAAGUUCCAGACAGGAUUCUGAGAGCACAAGGCCAGAAUCUGAAACAGAAGAUGUAUUAUGGGAAGACUUGUUACAUUGUGCAGAAUGCCGAUCAUCUUGUACCAGUGAGACAGAUGUGGAAAAUCCUCAAAUUAAUCCAUGUGUGAAAAAAGAAUAUAGAGACGACCCUUUUCAUCAGAGUCAUUUGCCCUGGCUCCAUAGUUCCCACCCGGGAUUAGAAAAAAUAAGCGCUAUCGUAUGGGAAGGCAACGACUGCAAGAAAGCAGACAUGUCUGUACUUGAAAUCAGUGGAAUGAUAAUGAACAGAGUAAACAGCCAUAUACCAGGAAUAGGAUACCAGAUUUUUGGAAACGCAAUCUCUCUAAUCCUGGGUUUAACUCCAUUUGUUUUCCGACUCUCCCAAGCUACAGACUUGGAUCAACUCACAGCACAUUCUGCUUCAGAACUUUAUGUGAUUGCAUUUGGUUCUAAUGAAGAUGUCAUAGUUCUUUCUAUGGUUAUAAUAAGUUUUGUGGUUCGUGUGUCUCUUGUGUGGAUUUUCUUUUUUUUGCUCUGUGUAGCAGAAAGAACUUAUAAACAGCGAUUACUUUUUGCAAAACUCUUUGGACAUUUAACAUCGGCAAGGAGGGCUCGAAAAUCUGAGGUUCCCCAUUUCCGAUUGAAGAAAGUACAGAAUAUAAAAAUGUGGCUCUCUCUCCGGUCCUAUCUUAAGCGUCGAGGUCCUCAGCGAUCAGUUGAUGUCAUAGUUUCAUCUGCUUUCUUGUUAACUAUCUCAGUGGUAUUUAUCUGUUGUGCCCAGUUGCUUCAUGUACAUGAGAUCUUCCUUGAUUGUCACUACAAUUGGGAACUGGUAAUCUGGUGCAUCUCGUUAACGCUUUUUCUCCUAAGAUUUGUUACCCUUGGAUCAGAAACAAGUAAAAAAUAUAGCAAUACCUCAAUAUUACUUACUGAACAGAUAAACCUCUACUUGAAAAUGGAGAAGAAACCUAACAAAAAGGAGGAACUGACACUAGUGAAUAAUGUUUUAAAACUGGCUACUAAACUGCUAAAGGAAUUGGACAGUCCCUUUAGAUUAUAUGGGCUUACAAUGAAUCCACUGCUUUAUAACAUCACCCAGGUUGUCAUCCUGUCAGCUGUUUCUGGUGUUAUCAGUGACUUACUUGGAUUUAAUUUAAAGCUUUGGAAGAUUAAAUCAUGACAAUUCAGAGAAAAGAAGAUGUAGCCUCUUUUCCAGAAUAAGAGUACCAACUAAGCUGCCUGAAAGCAGUCACUGACUCUUUGCUUCAGGAGUCUCAGCUGGGAAAUUGAAGUGUUUACAUCAGACUGUCCUGUGCAAUUCUUAUAUUUAUUUCACUUGUUCACUGUUUUUUACAUUUAUUUUAGUCUUUAUAUUUUAUUUUUAGCUUUGAUGUACUUACUUGUUGAAAGGGUGAUAAAACUGAUAUCCAGAUACUUGAGAUCCUGGUAAUUGCUCAUAAAUAAUGACAAAAUAACAAAUCGUGAGAAGAGAAGCCAUUGCUAAGCACUGUUUCUCCGUCAAUGCCGUGACUUGCCUUACUUGAGGAAAACUUCUUUAACUUUAUAACCUAGCAUUGGACUCAGCUAAACACAUAAAGCAUUUUCUUCAGUAAAUCAAGAUCCAGUCAGGGUUUCUUUUGAAUUAUUUUGGAACAAUGCCAGGAUCUAAACUGAUUAAGCUGCAGUUUAAGCACCCUUCAGUAUUAAUAUAUAUGGUAUUACACAACAGGUCAACAAGUGCUCUUUGAUGAUAAAACUCUUAAUAGAGCAAUAAUUGUAAAUGGUUACCAUACUGUAAGAUAUUUUGAUAAAAAUUAACUAGUAAUAAUUGUAUUUAUUUGAAACACUGGGCUGUUUGCACAGCUCCAACUGUGCAUGCUCAAAAUGUGCACUUUUUAAAAUUGUUACUUUUAAUGCGUAUCUUUAUAUGGGAUAUGUUAUAGUGUACUAGGGCAUGAUAUGGUAUCCUUUUGAGUGAGGUAUAUGCUCAUCUCACAAGUGAAGUGCCUAUUGAUAUUACUAAAGUACAUUAUGUUUACUCAAGUAAAAUAAUUUUCUCCCUAUGGUACACUAUAGUAUAUGCUAUUCAUACCACACUCAAAUGAACAACUUAAGAAUAAGGUUAAGAACCAGUUAAAUAUUCUUCUGAUUGUUAGUUGUAAAACUGUAUCUGAAUUUUCAGGAAAAAUAGCUAUAGCUUGCAAAUUCUACCUUCUAAACUUAGUCUGGUACAUCUGUCCCCUCAACCCCCAAUUAUAUAAGGGCUAUUUUAGAUGCUUUUAACCUAGAAAGUUAACCCCCUCCCCCCUAAAUGAUUUGCCAAGUUUCCAAAUGAGAACUUAUCCUGUUGGCAUGUUAGGUAGAUAGGGCGAAUAUGAUGGUAUCUUACAUUGGGCCUUGAUUUUAAAUUGUUAUGUUUGUACAAUCAAGAAAUUUUAGGAGUUAUGUGAAACAUGAAAUGUUUUAGCAAACUUUUUUUUAAAACUGGGUAUCUAGUUUCUAAAACAAAGAAUUUAUUUGAGACAGUCUAGAAUUUUCUUGGUGCAAGGUGUAUCAUGUUGAAUAUCCUCACAUUUUUUACCAUGUUUUCGGGAAUUUAAAAUAAUUAAUUGUAAAUUAUUUAUUUGAUUGGUGCAGUUCUAAUCCCCAAAUCAUAAUUUUAAGAUCAGGAAUGUGUAGAGAACAGAGCCAUAUGGUAAUAUCACUUUGCUCUCACCAUUCCUUUUGAUCAGCCUCAAUUCAGCCAUUGUGUAGUAUAUUUUCUUUAUGUAGAAAACAACAAAAGUAUUUUGUUUUAUUUGCCUGUGUUCUAAUAUGUUUAAUAAUGACCAAAGUGCAUUCUGAGUUUUUUCAAGGAAUGUAUUACUGGAGCUUUAAGAACAUACUUAUUUUCUCCUGUGAAAAAUUAGGCUUUCUCUGAUAUGUUUCUUCUUCCUCUAUUGUCUAUAAUGUUGAGGUUGUUUCUAGGAAUUAUAUUUUAUAAACUUUUUCAGAAUAAGGUACAUACCUAUACAGAACUUAACAUUUUGCACAGAAUAUAUCGAAUAUAUUUUGAGAAAAAAAAGUACAGUAUGAGUUCUGUUAGGAAUAAAAAUGAAACUAUUGUAUCUCACAGAAAAACUUAUUUCAGAAUGGAAAUAUUUUUGAGAAAAGUAGCUGAGUAAACUGAUUUAGGAAGAUGCUUGGUUUUGAUUGAAGUUCAUUUAACUUAGAGUUGGGAGUUGAUUUAUUGAGUACAGUGUACCUCUCAACAACGUAUUAAUAUGUUGAAUUAUGUCACUAAUGUGGGCAGCAGUAGAAUACUGAAAGGAAAAAGUUGUCAUUUUAAGUAAUUUCAGAACAUUAAUGGAACUGUUUUCAAAGCAGAAAAAUUGACAUUGCUGCCUUUAAGAAUACAAUGAAUUUAAGAAAUUGAAAGAAAUUGUAACAUAUCACAUAAUAUAGAAAAGGCAGUUCGAAGAUAGAAUUGUGGCAGAUGUUGUGUGUUAACUGUUGUUUCUUUGCCACACAUGUCGUAUUUGAAAGUUUGAACAGCAAGUUUAAAAUAAAACAUUCUAUGACUGACAGUAUUAAACUAGAAGUGUUUUCUUUUUUUCUAAUUUUCAAGUCAUGCACAUUUCUAUGGUAAUUUUAUAUUUACUGUAGCAUAAACUUUAGUUAUAACUGUUAGAUUUGAGAGGAGUGGGAAUACAUUUUUAAAAACUUUCCAACAUUUCAGUUUUUGUUGAUUCUCAGAAUAUGAAAGAAGAAUAUGUGCGCAGGCUUUUCAUCACCCAAAUGCUAUGACAUCAUUAAUGUUUGUUUGCUUGUUUGUUUGUAUUUAAAAACAGAAAACUGGCUGUAGCCUGGGAUAUUAAAAUUAAUUGCCAGAAGGAUAGUGGUGUUUUUAAUCAAGUGAUUUUGCACGUGAAUUCAGCGCGAGAGAUUAUGGCCAAUAAUAACAUGGCCACAGCUGAAUGGGUCAGUAAUUGGUGCCUGGACCUAAAGCAGCCAGCCAUUUUAUAGGCCUUGAGGAAUCCAUGAAACCAGCUGGCACAAGAGCUUUGCCCUGUAGAGGCUUUGCAUCCUUGACGAGUAGCCCAAAUCGUCUGCAGUAUGAUAAGGAUCAUGGGUUCUGGAAUCAGGCAGAGCUGGGAUUCUUUGCAGCAUGUGUAUGGCCUUGGGCAAGUUACUUAACCUCCCUAAGCCUCAUCUGUAAAAUGAGGUGGAGAGCUGCUGCUGGAGCCUAAAAUGGUUCUUAUGCUCUCAACCCACCAGACUUCCAAACCAAAGCCUGGCUGAGGAGUUGCCUUGUGGACCUUGAGAACUUCUGUUUUCAGCCCAGAAGCUCCAAAGUGGAAUAUUUUUCAUCUCAGUUGAACAUGCAGGAGAUGCGGCAUAGAAGGAAGGCCCUGCUCUGAGUAUCAGGAACCAAGUUUCUUGGCGCUUCUCGUACCCGGAGACCCUGUUGAUCCUUGUUACAUGCUGACAGCACGUACAGUUAUGGCUUCACUCUGAUGCUUUUACAAAAAUGCUUCCUCUUCAAGAAGAUUUCCAGAAAGGACUUUUUGACAAAUACAGGCUUCUGACUUUCAGACCGUAACACUGAACUGGGUAAGAAAUUAAAGAAUUCUAAUGGGAAAACUGAUGGCUUCAUAAAACUGUUAACAGUAGGACUGAGUGAACUGGUGACUAUGGCUAUAAUUUUUAUGGUUUCUGUCUGAGAAAUAAUUGGUUUUAAUCUGUGUUUUCCAGAUAUAAGGAAACCCUUCUCAAGCUAAUUAUGACUUAUAGCAAUUUGGUAAAUUAUACCUUUGUAAGCAGAAUUGAAACAUUUAUCUUGCCUCUCUAUCUGAUCCCUCCAGAGAUUGGAAACGCGUAGGUUCCCAGGAGCUUUAUCAGAUAAAUUAGGAAGGACACCUCCUAACAGGUGCAGGAAUCUCAAGGUAUUUGGGGGACCGUGAAAAAGGAGGAAUUCACCUAAAUCUGUAAGACAACGUCUGUGACAAGCUGUUGGCGUGACUUUCGUAGCCCUGAGAGGCCUUUUAAAAGUUCAAUCUGAGACUCCUUAUAAAAGUUCUAGCAAAGCCAUUUUUUUAAAAAAAGAAAAGCCUAUAUGAUCAAUUACAUUUAUAUAAAUCAUCAGGCCAAGUUUAUUGAGACUAGACUUACUUUACAAAUUGGUCUUAAUUUGGCUAUAUUUGGUAGAAAUAAGGGUAAUUUUAGAAAAAGUUAUGUUUCAGUGAAUAUUAAAUUCUAGUUUUGUUGAGGUCUGCAUUUACUGCCUAAGACUGACUUCUCAGUUCCUUGCUGUUAUAUUAAAUUUAACUGAGUCAUUAAUAGGACACUCUUAAGUCUGUUUCUGAAGCUUAUCUAUCUUUGGAUGAAGAUCAGAUGUCCCAAGACCUGUAACCAGGUCAUUAUGUGUACUGGAAAAAGACAUCUUUUAAAGGACCAUCUCCAGCCUAGAUGGAAAGACCCUUAUCAGGUACUCUGCACUAGCUCAUGCACAGCAAAACUGAAGGGAAUUGACUCUUGGAUUAAUAUUUUCACAUAGAAAGGGCCCCUGCACUGGACUGGUCUAUAGAGAGGGCUGCUGAUGUCAAAAUCACCUUGAAACAACGCUCAAAGAGAGGAGAAACUACACUCAUACCAGGAUGAGAAGAAGACAACAUUGGAAGUAGACAGCUGACCUAAGAUGCGGCACCUGACCCGCUGCAAGACUCUUCACUUGAGGCUUUCAACCAUAGUCUCCUCUUGUCAAACAACUAAACUACACCUAUGCUUGAUGGAAAUUAAACAGCUGGUGCUCAGGGUACUACAAUUGCAAAGAGAGGGAAAGCGUCAACCCACGGAAGCUGUUACGUGGGACGGGACCUGAUCUCCCUGUUUUACUUAUUUGACUUCAGGGGCAGGGAGGUAAGGCUUAUUUGCAUUUGAACUCCUGUAAAGGGCAGAAUAUGGGAAGGAUGACGCCUCAUUCAUUCAGGUCAUAUUAAAGAGAAACUGCCCUCUGAAAUAUUUGCCUUUUAAUAUGUGCAGCUACAAAUAAGAAUGCAUGGAUAAUUAACUGAAGGUAAAAUUUUACAAAGAAAGAUCAAAACAGCAGAGAAGAAAGGCAAUCCUUAGAAGUUUACUAGGGUAUCAACCAUGGACGAGGAAGAUAAACAGAAAGAUCUAGACAAAAAAGCAAACCAAAUGGAAAAAAAAGGAGAGAUAAUAAGAAAGAUAAAUAGAAAGAAAUGCUAAAGAGAUCCAUGUUCUUUAAUGAAAAUAAAUGGGUCAUACUAAUGAUUUUUUAAUAUUAGGGAGAGAUUCAUUGUAAUCUGAGAAAUAUAGGAGAAAUACUUUGCCUCUGCUCUAUCAAAGUGAAAAUGAAGUAAUGGAAAGAGGAUUUUUAAAAAGACAGCAAAGUGAGUGAAAUGUAACAUUGCUGUCAAAGAAGCUGCUAACUGUGAGACAACAGGAAGGCCUUCUCUCAUAAAGGAACUGCAGCGUUGCCAAUCUCAAUUUAACAAAUUGUGGGCCUUUAGUUACAAAAAUUCAUAUUUUAGAUGAA